CAUGGAUCUUCCUGGUACUGUCUUUCUCUUCUGAGUUCUAACAAUUAGGGUUCCGAUAUGGCGGAAAGCCCUUUCCGUAGCAGAAAGCGAAGCCACCGUUCUUCUCCUUCUCCACCGAAGCCGAAGCCGAAGCCGAAGCCCCGCCCCGACUUCCCUUCGUUCCAAGACAUCCCCAAUCUCCCUUCCAACGUCAAAUCCCUCUGCCACCUCAUUGCCACCACCCCCGCCGCCGCCUUGGAAGCUUCCCUCCGCUCCGCCGCCAUCGCCGUCUCCCCCUCCGACGUGGAGCAGGUCCUGAAGCUCUCGUACGGCUUCCCCGGGCAGGCCGUGAAGUUCUUCCGGUGGUCGGGCCACCAGCUCCGGCACAGGCACACCCCUUACUCGUGGAACCUGGUGGUGGACCUCCUCGGCAAGAACCUCUUCUUCGACGCCAUGUGGGACGCCAUCAAGUCGAUGCACACCGAGCGGCUCCUCUCCCUGGCCACCUUCGCCUCCGUCUUCGGCAGCUACGUGGCCUCCGAUCGCACCGCGGAAGCCCUGGCCGCCUUCGAGGCCAUGGAGAAUUACGGCCUCCACAGAGACACUGUCGCAUUGAAUUCCUUGUUUAGUGCUAUUUGUAAGGAUGGUAGGACUGUUGAUGCUUCUGACUAUUUGCAGGUUGCCAAGAACUUUGUUCGCCCCGACGCCGAUACCUACGCCAUUUUGAUGGAGGGUUGGGAGAAGGAGAUGAGUGUUGUUGGUGCCAAGGAGACAUUUGCUGAGAUGGUCAUUGAAAUUGGAUGGGAUCCUGCCAAUGUGGCUGCCUAUGAUUCCUUCCUUUGCACGCUUGUUCGUGGCCGUGAUGGAUUGCUUGAGGCCAUUAAGUUUGUUGAUUCAAUGAGAGAUAGGAGGUGUUACCCUGGUGUCAGGUUCUUGAAGGCUGCAUUGGAUGAGUGUCUUCAGAGUCAUGAUGUGAGGACUGCUCAGUUUUUCUGGGAGGUUUUGGUGGUGGGGAAGGUCGUGCAGCCCACCACUGAGAUGUACAAUUUGAUGAUUGUGUUGCAUUGCUACCAGAGCGAUACCGAGGCUGCCAGGAGGUUGCUUGAUGAGAUGGUUUACCAAGGGGUUUUUCCGGAUACCAUGAGUUAUAACAUGUUGUUUCAGUUCUUGAUCAAGGGCAGGAAGUUGAGGGAGGCUUCCACUGUGUUUGCUGAGAUGGUGAAGAAUGAGUGUGUGCCGGAGCAGGCUAAUUGCGCUGCAGCAGUUAAGGUUUAUGUGGAUAAUGGGGAUGCUUUUAUGGCGAUGAAGGUUUGGAGGUGUAUGGUGGAGAAUUACGGGAAGGAUUUGGAGCGGACAGCGAAUUUUCUGGUGGUGGGGCUUCGCGAUUUGAAUAGGGUUCCGGAGGCAGUCAAGUAUGCUGAGGAUAUGAUUAGAAGGGGAAUCAGGUUGUCCUCUGCCACAUUGUCCAAGCUGAGACAGAGCCUUGUUAAAGACAGAAAAGAAUCUGUGUAUGAAGAGCUUUUGAGAAAGUGGAAAGCUAAUUAGGCGGUUUGGGUUUUGUAAAAGUUGCAUUCAAUUUGAAUGUUUCACUUUUACCUACCAGUGGGGGGAAGAACUUUGAAAUGGUUAUUUAAGUUGAUACUUUGAUUCUGCUCACUAUGAGUAUGGCAUAUGUGUCAUUAUUGUAUAUAGUUACAGCAAAAGAUCAUUGUGGAAUUGUUUUUGAAGGUAGAAGGUGGAUGAAGUUUAUAUAGGUUUUUUGUUAUAAGCAUAUGUUCUAACUUACAUAAAAAAGCUUCAUCUGUUUACAAAUUUUGAUUUUUUUUUUUUUUCAUUUGCUUUUGAUUUGAUCUAGAUUAUCAGUACGCUUAUUUAUGCUAUUUUGCUUGCAUUUUUUGUUGUUGUAAUUAUUGGUCUAGAGUUCAAACUGUUGCAAACAAAAUGGAAAAAGAUGUACUUGAAGAGAUGGGC